AACUCUAAUUUACAGAGCAUGAAGUACUGCACAAGAAAAGAAUCUCGAGAAACGUCCGUGUUCGGAAUCGUCGCGACUUCGAGGAGCCCCUGGCACUGUGCCAGCCUUGUGUGCGAUGUCACAGGUGCCCACUAACAUGGCGCAACAGGCUCCCAAAUUUAGGAAGAUGAGUUUGCGAAAAUGGUUCAAGGAUCAGCCGGAUUACGGUAACCAUUCAUACCGAGCACCUGCUGCAGAAGGACCCACAUACCAGGAUAUCCAGGAGAAGUUACGGGGCCGAAUAAAGGACCACAAGAAGCGAGCUAAAGAAUGGAAGGAAGGUCAGGAUAACCUGGAGAAGGAGCGGAUGAGACAGAGGAGAAAAGUACAAACAACCAUUACACCUAGGGCAGCGGAAAAACAUCCCGAGAAAGACUCGCCCAGGGUACAAGGCAAAAUCAGAGCACUCAUGCACACCAGAAAUGGAUUGAUCCGUCCUCCGCCUUACGACCACCCCAAAGCCAGAGUUGAGAGGAUGCCGGAAACUGAGACGCGGUGGACCUUGGUUCAAUAUUACCACACUCGACAUUAGACAGUCACAACAAACAUUACCAGUGCGUCUCAUGAGGGAAUACUAGUUAUACCAAGGAAUACCGUCCGUCCGUCUGUCCUUCCGAGGAAAUGUUUUGUGCGACCUAUAAGUUGAAAACUGUUUCAAAGAUUCUUUUCAAACUUGGUGAACACUAUUUAUACCCAUAGGAGAGGUGCAGUGCGAAGUGUAAUUUUAAAUAUUUGGAUUUUCUUUAAAAAAUGCAGCUUUUCUUUCAUUUUUUACUUAGAAUGUUUUUACCCAAACAUUUUUGCGAACUAUAUAUGUUUUCAAAUUUUGGGAACAGUUUCCAUACUAAUGGAAGAGGUGCAGUGCAAAGUUAUAUUUUUAUUUGAGUAAUUUCUAAAGAAAUAUGAAUGUUUUUCAUGUUGUGAACUAAGAUUUAUUUAUACUGAAUGGAUUCUUUUCCAGUUGGAGGUACAGUUUCUAUACCAACAUGAGAGAAGCAGUGCGAAGUUUGUUUUCAAUAUUUGGAUCUCUGAAAAAUAAAUGCAGCUAUUUUUCA